AUGAGGAGCCCACACACCACAUACAAGACCCAGAAUCCUCGUUUCCAGUCCCCCAUCAACAUCACGGGCCUUCCGUCCCCCUCGACUGGGAUAAAUCCCCCCAUCCCUUCCUCGUCGUCUCUCUUCAAUCGCCAAUGGCUUAGCGCAACCACCCAAACAAAUCCCACAAAGACGACUAGCGUGGUCAUUCGACUGUUCCCGGCAUCGGGACGGUCCGUCGGCAACUUGCCUGUUUCGGUAACAUUCGGAACAAGCGUGACCGGAGAUCCUCACGCCGGGCAAAAGGGCUGCACGAUUGGCAAUUAUCCAGCUUGUGUUGUGAAUGCGACAGAACCCAGUCAUGUUCAGAGUGCUCUGUCCUUUGCGAAGAAACACAAUGUCCGCCUCAGUAUCAAGAACACCGGGCAUGGAUGCAAGACCAAUGCCAGCGUUCACGGCAGCCCCAAGAUUGCCGCCACACUAGGUGCCGGUGUCCAGGAUGAAGAAAUGUACGCUGCCCUAGCAAAGCAUAAUGCCAUUUCUGUCGGCGGCACGAGCCCGACUGUUGGCAUCUUCGGAUGGGCUACUGGCGGCGGGCAUGGCCUGGCGACCGGACAGUACGGUAUGGGUGCGGACAACAUUAGUGAAGCCGAGAUGAUCACCCCACAGGGAGACCAUGUCACUGUCAAUGCGUGCCAGAAUCAAGACCUCUUUUGGGCGAUUCGUGGAGGUGGCGGGACCUUUGGGGUGAUUCUCUGAUAGUCACCAUGAAGGCUUAUCAAUCUUUCUGUCGCCCCCAAGAACGAAACUACAACGGAUACAUGGUAUGGACUGGUCGCAAAGAGCUACCGGUAUCUGGCGCAACUCUAGGACUCUGCUCUGGGAUACAUGGUUACUACACCAUAGGAGGCUCCUCGCCCGCAAUAAACG